CCGUCAUGAAACCAAUUACUUGCAGCAUUGUACUGGAGCAUUGAUUCUGAAGCUCUGAGUUCCUUAUCAUUAAUUGGUAAUUGCUGUUCAUCAUGGCAUUCAGGAACCACCAUCCGCCGGAUGGCUCUCACAACAUCAAACCCUCCUCUGUGCUAAGAUCCUUCAUGCACAGACGGACAGUCUCUGAGAAAGCACCCUCCUCUUCAAAUUCAUCCAAAGAUCCCUUCAUCAGUUCAUCACGUCACGGUGUCAACCAAGCAAUCUCCUUUCUACCACACGACCACCCGCAUCACAGAGCGCUCGGGGAACUUCAACAAAACCAGCAGAGCCAAACUCUAAACCCACCGAAGAAGUCCAAAGAGGGGAAGCGUCCCAAUACCAGUGGCGAAGGGCACAAGUCAUUACAUAAGAAGACUCUGAGCUCGAUUUCUUUGAAAUCCUUGACUGGGAGGGAUGGGGAUAAGGCUUCCAAGUCGAAGGAUGAGACUAAACCGAAGAGGACGAAGUCAUCCACAAACCUUAGCAAUCUGCUCUCACGCACAAAGUCCUCGAAGAGUUUACGCAAGGAAGCGGCAGAAGAGGAAGCUCGACAACAGAAAGACAAAGAGAACCAAAACCCUACCUCACCAGCACCGACCGACACGCCGGCUCGACCACCUCCUAUCUACGCACAGUUCUCCAGCGAGUGUUUCGCAAGACAACCUCUAGGAGGAAAGUUUUUGGAAGAUGAGAUCGAUCUAUAUACACCGCGAGAAUAUUCUCCCGGUAAACAACGAAAUUUCUAUGAAGGCCCAGGUCAUGCACCGACUCUGGGACGACGUGACUCUGGCUCACAGCGGCCGAGAUCAACAUACCUUCCAAGCAACUUCAGCAUACAAGAUAUCAGCAGACGUAUUAGUGGAGGUAGUUCCCGGAGGAAUAGUGCUGAAAUAAUAAGGAAAGUUUCCGGGGCGAGAAGAUCCAGUUCAGAAAGGGAGGUGGCAGCAAAGUCCGAAAAGACCGGCCCACAUCGAGGACAGAGAGUCUUAGCAGCGGUAUCUGCUCUUAGUGCAAAGUCAAAAGGACCAGCAGCCCCGGAACCUAUGCAAGUCCUUGAGGACAAAGACAUUGACAGAGAAUUCGAGGCCAUGUUGGAUAGACGGAAUAUUCCUGAGCACCAGCGUGGUAAGAUGAGGAAUCUUGCCAAAUCGAUGAAGAGAGAUUUUAUCAAGCAGGACUGGGCCGAAAUUGCAGCGGCGAGGAAUGGCAGACCUGGGACCAACGGUAGCGACUCAAGUGCUGAUGCUACUGCUGCCCAUGAUGUGCCUGAAGCCAAGGCGAAGAGACCUAGAAGUCUAACAUUUACGUCAUUUAAAGGAUCGUUAUCUAGAGGAAGCAGCAAAGAACCCCAAUCACCAACGAAGAAGCAAAGACCGCAAGGCACUUUGGGAAACCAUUCUCGGAAGAACUCUUCAGAGAGCGUAGACGGGGGAAGCAGAUCACUUUCAAUGUCAGGUGCUGCUGUCGCACACGCGUUGGUGGCAAAGGCGAAAGGACAACUUCCAGAAGACUUCGUUGCAUACCUGAGAAAGGUCCAGAAGCCGGAAUUGGUCGAGGUCGGCCGUUUACAUAAGUUGAGGCUCUUACUUCGUAACGAGACGGUGGCAUGGACAGAAGAAUUUAUUGGACACGGGGGAAUGGAGGAGAUUGUGGGACUACUUCACAGAAUAAUGGAAGUGGAGUGGAGAGAGGAGCACGAAGAUGCCUUACUACAUGAGGUUCUCCUCUGCCUCAAAGCUCUCACCACUACGGCCCUUGCUCUUCGGCAGCUGAACAAUAUUCACGGAACCCUCUUCCCCGCACUUCUGCAUAUGCUAUUUGAUGAAGAGAAGAAGGGACCGAGCGAAUUCACUACCCGUAAUAUUAUAACGUCGCUUCUAUUCACGUUUCUUAAGUCAGCGCCCCUCAAUGAGCGGUCUGACCGAGCCAACAUUCUUCUAUCCUACCUCAAGGACCCCGAACCAAGCGAAUCUGAACGGCCCGUCGACUUCGUCCUUGAUAUGCGUCGCCCCCGACCCUAUCAGGUUUGGUGCAAAGAAGUCGUCAACGUAACUAAAGAGGUUUUCUGGAUUUUCCUCCACAACACGAAUGUUAUCGCCCUUCCGGCUAUUAAAUCCAAGGACAGUGGCUCGACAAAUAGUCAUGAUACGAGCAGCUGCUCGUCUGCUUCAGGUGGCAGUUUUGAUGCCUCCAAUCCUCACCAUGUAUAUAUGGUUGAACACUUCCCACCUGAACUUCCGCCCGUUCCAGCAGCACCAUAUGUAGGCGGUGUUGAAUGGGAUGCUACCAACUACCUCGCAUCACACCUCGAUAUUAUUAACGGAAUCCUGGCCUGUCUCCCAACGAAAGACGAACGCAACGCCGUCCGCCAGCAGUUACUCGUUUCGGGCUGGGAGAAAUGCAUGGGAGGUACAAUGAGACUUUGCAAAGAGAAAUUCUAUGGCUGCGUACACGCAGGACUGAGAACCUGGGUUUCAGCUGCCGCAGACGAUGGCUGGAACACCAAGGACGUGCGAUGUGGACCAAGCACCGAGUACCAAAGCACGGUUCGGAAGAGCCCCAAGAAGACUGCACUUCCCGAUCCGGUCCCGAAGAUCGAUAUGGAUUUAGAUUUUGGACACGAGAGAGAGGAGAUUGGAAAUAAUAAUGCCUGGCUCUGAAAAUACGGAGCCGUGGUUAGAUAGGUAGUCAGGUUACCAGCCCUCUUUUGGACUUUGAGAUGUUUUCUUUUCUUUCUUCUUAUUCCCUUCCCCUAGUUGAGGGAAGAGGAAGGCUUGGAGCUCUAGUAUGAGACAGGGGUUUUCAGUUUUUUAAUGAUCGCACGACCACGAAUUAACGACCUAAUGACGAGAGUAUAGCAGAAUAGACAGGA